AUGGGCCUUCACAAUCCGUUGCCCUCAUCGAUGAGGAGUCAGUCUCCCGAUUCGCAGGCAUUGGUACAGGCUAACGGUCUGGCUGUCAUCACUGUCCUCAAGGCUGGCUUCUUAGGGUCAGGUCGUCUAGGCUCUGGAAUUGUGGUCGCUCGCUUGAGUGAUGGCUCAUGGUCAGCGCCAUCAGCCGUAGCCACAGCAGGAGGUGGAUUUGGUGGACAAAUAGGUUUCGAGCUCACCGAUUUUGUCUUCAUCCUCAACGAUAUCGCCGCUGUUCGAGCUUUCUCCCAAGCUGCCUCCGUCACACUUGGUGGCAAUGUCUCCAUCGCCGCAGGUCCUGUUGGUCGAAACGCAGAAGCUGCAGGUGCAGCGAGCAUGAAAGGCGUGGCUGGGGUAUUCGCAUACAGUAAGACAAAGGGAUUGUUUGCAGGUGUAUCGCUAGAAGGUAGUGUCCUGAUUGAAAGAAGGGACGCAAACGAAAAGAUGUAUGGGGGCCGCAUAACAGCUCGACAAUUAUUGGAAGGUGGUGUCCGACCUCCACCAGCUGCUGAUCCACUCAUGCGCGUUCUCAACACCAGAAUCUUCUCUGGUGUAGCUGGUGGUGGUGACGCUAUGUAUAAUGAUGUACCUGUUUACGAUGAUCAGCACGAUAACGUGGUCUGGGAGGGGCGUACGGGUCAAGCUUAUGGUGCCGGAGUACGAAACAACAGGUCGUCUACGUUCGGCUCCACACAUGAGACAGGAAACGAUGAAUACGAAUACCGAGACAACCCAAGACGCACAAACACCUGGAACGACGACGUAUAUGACCAGCAGCCCGGCGGUUUCAACAGGUCAAACACUUUCAACUCACGCGCGGACCCUAACACGACUUUCGAUAACCUCGGCCGAAAUAGAUCUUCUACCAUUGGUAGCGACAGAACUGGUCCAGGGAGACCCACUGCACCCAAACCAGUCUUCAGGCAACCAACAGGAACCGGUACUCUAGGACCGAAUCAAGCAGUUGCUCUAUUCACAUUCGAUGCCGAGCAGGAUGGUGAUCUGGGCUUCAAGAAGGGCGACAUUAUCACAAUUACACAACGGACAGACAGCAAGACGGAUUGGUGGACUGGAAAGACGGAAGAUGGGAGGACUGGGAUGUUUCCGAGCAAUUACAUUGAAUCGAGGACGUAA